AUGGAGAAAAUGAACAGUCAACACGAGCACAUCGAAGGACUUUCCAAACAAGGGAUCGAGUCCGGAAAGCACUCUGACUUUUAUGUCGAAGACAAGGUCGCUCAUUUGUCCGAGGAACAUCGCCAGUAUCUUCUUGCACGUCAUGGCACGUUGGAUUUGGAUCCCAUCCCUGACAUGACCGAUGCGGAUCCAUACAAUUGGCCGCGAUGGAGAAAAAAUGUGAACCUGACCCUGGUCGCUUUCCACGCCAUGAUGGGCACUUUUACUGCCUCGUCUAUCCAGUCGGCAUUCGAAAAUAUCUCCGAGGAUCUGGACAUCAGUAUGCAGCGUACCAGCUAUCUAGUCUCCCUAUUUAUUGCCGUUCUGGGGGGUGCCCCUCUCAUCUGGCGUCCACUAUGUAACCGAUUCGGUCGCCGCCCGAUCUUCCUGAUCUCGUUGAUUUGCAGUUUGAUUGGGAACGUUGGGUGUGCGAAUAGCCCAUCCUAUGCUACCAUGGGUCUCUGCCGUGCGAUCACUGCCUUCUUCAUCAGCCCUGCUGCCGCUAUUGGUAGUGCGGUGGUUGCGGAGACGUUCUUCCGGAAAGAUCGGGCUAGCUGUAUGGGUGGAUGGACGCUGAUGGUCACUUUGGGAGUACCUGCUGCUCCGUUCAUCUUCGGGUUUGUUGCUUUGCGUGUGGGAUAUCGGUGGAUCUACUAUAUCCUUGCAAUCGUCAACGGAAUCCAGCUUAUCCUCUAUUUUUUCUUCGGCUCGGAAUCCCUCUACAUGCGCGAUGAUGUUCCCUCGAACCACGUCACUGCCACUAAGCAGGGCUUAUUCGACUUUGGCCGCAUUGAUCCAGCACCGCUCAAACUCUGGGACUUUUUCCAGCCCUUGAGCUACGUGAUGAAGCCCUGUGUGACCAUUCCGGCAGCUGCCUACGCAAUGAUCUUCCUUUGGGGCAGUAUCGCCCUCACCAUCGAGAUUUCGCGGAUCUACCCUGCCGAUUUCGGCUUGAACACCCAGCAGGUUGGUCUGCAAUUCCUCGGUGUGAUUGUCGGGUCUGUGAUCGGUGAACAGAUCGGUGGGUUUAUCUCCGAUCGGUGGAUGAUCAUGCGCCAGAAAUGCACCGGAGAGCCCUCGCCGCCAGAAUUCCGUCUGUGGCUCAGCUACAUUGGCCAUGCAUUGACUAUCUGUGGUCUUGUGGUCUUUGCCAUUCGGCUGCGGGACUCUGGAGGUACCUGGGAUAUUACCCCAGUCAUUGGGUCGGCUAUUGCGGCAGGUGGUAACCAGAUUGUAACGACUGUUGACAUUACCUAUGCGGUUGAUUGCUACCGUGCGGAUGCCGCCAGUGUGGGGGUUUUCAUUACCUUUGUUCGUCAGAUCUGGGGAUUCAUGGGGCCAUUCUGGUUCCCCGAGAUGUUCGAGGUUGUUGGGUGGGCCGGUGGAGCUGGCAUCGCCGUUGCUCUUAUGGUUGGAGUCAGUGUGAUUCCGACCAUCUUCUUGCAGUGGCGAGGCGCUACCUGGCGUUGA